AUGGCGUGCCCGGCGACAAAUCUUUAUUUCUAUUUUCACACUCAGUUAGAGGCUAACAAGAACGGGGAGCACAACAUCGACCCAUACAAACUGCUAGAAGAUGAGCUAAAAAACAUCUACGUCGAUAUAAGGCAAGAAAUCAGCCGUGCAACCAAUCACCCAGAACUACGCAAAAUGGCCUCCUACUACCUAGAUGGACAGGGUAAAGCAUUCCGUCCGAUGGUAAUAAUACUGAUGGGAAAGGCACUAAACUGUCAUACCCAAAAUGCGAACAAAUGCACCGCAAAUGCUCAGCGACAGAUAGCGAUGGUUUCGGAGAUGAUACACACAGCAAGUCUGGUGCACGAUGACGUUAUCGACCAGUCCUAUGCUCGCCGCGGCAAACCGAGUGUCAAUGUGCUGUGGAACCACAAGCAGCUGGCCCAGGCCGGUGACUAUAUUCUUGCCGUGGCCUCAAUGCUGCUAGCGCGCCUCAAAAACGACGAAGUAACGCUUAUCAUCAGCCAAGUGUUAACCGAUUUGGUGCAAGGUGAGUUCAUGCAGCUUGACUCGACCGAAACGGAAAACGAUCGCUUCGCACAUUAUUACACCAAAACGUACAGGAAGACUGCAUCACUGAUUGCCAACAGUUUGAAGGCAGUGGGCGUAGUGUCCGGGGUUGACAAUAGUAUGGUACAGCUGAGCUAUCAGUAUGGACGCAAUAUUGGAAUCGCUUUCCAGCUCGUGGACGAUCUGUUGGAUUUUGUGUCCAGCUCGGAAGAGAUCGGUAAACCGGUGACGGUCGAUUUGAAGCUUGGUCUUGCGACUGCUCCGGUACUGUUCGCGAGUGAGGAAUUUCCAGAGCUGAACCCUAUGAUUCGCCGCCACUUCCGUGGUUCGGGAGAUGUUGAGCGAGCCUACGAGCUGGUACACCUGUCGCAGGGGCUUGAGCAGACGCGCUUUCUCGUCCGUCGACACUGCCACGAGGCUCAACGGCUUGCGUCGCAGCUGGGUGAAUCAAGCUAUCGGAAGGGUCUCAUCGUGGCUAGUGACUUGAUUCUGAACCGGAUGAAGUAG